GGCAUGCAAAUGAGCAGGUGCGGUGGCGGCCGUCCCGUUGCGGCUGCCCCGGCUCCCGAGAUGUUAGAGGCGCGCCGGGCGGCCGCGGAGCAGACUGCGGGCUGCGAGUUGCGAGCUCCGCUGUCCGGCCAUGGCCCCCGCUCCGCCCCCCGCCGCCUCCUUCUCGCCCGCCGAAGUCCAGCGGCGCCUGGCGGCCGGCGACUGUUGGGUCCGCCGCGGGGCGCGCCUCUACGACCUCACCGGCUUCCUGCGGCACCACCCGGGGGGGGAGCAGCUGCUGCGGGCUCGGGCCGGUCAGGACGUUAGCGCCGACCUGGACGGACCCCCGCACCGGCACUCGGCCAACGCACGCCGCUGGCUGGAGCAGUACUACGUGGGAGAGCUGCGAGGCGACCCGCAGGAGCCCGUGGAGAAUGGGGACGCAGCCUCCGCGGAAACUCCGAAGCCGGACCCUGAGGUGGAGCCGAGGCUCAAAGCGGUGGACUGGGACAAGGACCUGGUGGACUGGAAGAAGCCCCUGCUGUGGCAGGUGGGCCAGCUGGGGGAGAAGUACGACGAGUGGGUCCACCAGCCGGUGAGCAGACCCAUCCGCCUCUUCCACUCCGACUUCGUGGAGGCCCUGUCCAAGACAGCCUGGUACAGUGUCCCCAUCAUCUGGGUGCCCCUGGUGCUGUACCUGAGCUGGUCCUACUACGGAACCCUCGCCCAGGGCAACGUCCGGCUCUUCAAAUCGUUCACAUCAGAGUACUCGGUGGUGGUGCGUGAGUCCGUGUUCCCCGGCCUCUUCCUGCUGGGGAUGUUUCUCUGGAGCCUCCUCGAAUACCUCAUCCACCGCUUCCUCUUCCACAUGAAGCCCUCCGGCGACAGCUACUACCUCAUCAUGCUGCACUUCGCGCUGCACGGCCAGCACCACAAGGCACCCUUCGACGGCUCCCGACUGGUCUUCCCGCCCGUGCCGGCCUCUCUGAUAAUCGGCUUCUUCUACCUGUUGAUCCGGCUCAUCCUGCCUGAGGCGGUGGGGGGAGCUAUGUUCGCAGGGGGCCUCCUGGGCUACGUCCUCUACGACAUGAUCCACUACUAUCUGCACUUCGGCUCGCCACACAAGGGCUCCUACCUGUACGGCAUGAAGGCCCACCACGUGAAGCAUCACUUCGCCUACCAGCAGUCAGGGUUCGGCAUCAGCACGAAGCUGUGGGAUUACCUGUUCCGCACGCUCACCCCCGACGAGCAGCGGCCGAAGGCGCAGUGAGCUCCCGCGCUUCCCGCCCUCGGCCCGGCCCCGCCAGCUCCGCCGGCUCGGAGGCGCCGGGCUCUCCGCGGCCGGACCGUGCGCCCUGCGUCCCUGCGGCUCCUCCGCCCGCAGGACUGCUCGGGGCGCGGCCGGCGGCCCGGGGCAUGAAGGAAGCUGACCCUCGGGCCCAGGCUGUGCCCGCCCUGCCCCAGCAGCCCCGACGGGACGGGAUGCGUGGGGCCCCGUCGUCCCUCCUCCGCUCUGCCAAGGUCCGGUGGCUCUGCGGUGAAUGAAAGGCUCUCGCAGACAAGGCAGCCCGACACCUCCCACGGCCACCCCCAGACCCCGGCGCGCCCCUCGGCUGCCGUCUGCCAUUUGCGGCCGGCCAGCCUCACCGACCUGGGCAGGAGCCUGAGCGGGGCUGGCGGGAGCCCAACCUGUCUCGGGGACACCCCAGCUGUCCCAGCCACCCCCGCCCUGCCCCGGAAUCACAGCAUUUCUCCCAGGGAGGCUGCAGAUGCCGCUCCUUCGGUGGGAGCCCCUCCCAGCCCCGGGGACUCUUGCUCCCCACCGGGCACAGGUGGGCACCGCGUCCGCUCAGGACCUCCCAGCAAGUGCCUCCUGCAGCCCCGAGGAAGCCUUUGUGCCUUGGCUCCGUCCCGACCCCAGACCCCCGCUUCCCAUAACCAACACCCUCCCUGUCCUGAGGGCCUUAUUUAUAAACAAUGCAGAUGUCCUUAGCCUGGCCCCAGACCAAGGAGCCGGCCAGACCACCCUUGCUAAUCCUGUGUGUGGAGCUUAUGUGAAAAGAGAGACAUCGCGCCCCGGUUUAGUCCCCUUCUUACCCACAAACCACUACUUGAAACUUAAACACUUACCGAGUGGGAAGGCUGAAGUGAGGCAGUUUGACCGAUCCUGUGAUUUGUACUGUUUACUGCGGGCUAUUUAAAGAUUUUGGAAUAUAAAAAACUACACUUGUGAAAUACAGAUGUAAAUGAAUUGUAUAUUUUGAAAAAUAAAACAUUGAAAUCAACAAAGA